GCCGGCAUGUCCGACUACUGGGCGUCUAAAGCUGCCGUCACCAACAUUGUCGAGGGCCUGCAGACGGAGCUGAAGCAUCAGCAGGGCAACCUUGCCAUUGCCGUCAGCGCGCUAUACCCCGCCACCAUAGCUACCAGGAUGUUCUGUGAUCUUUGUGCGCCUAAUUCGUUCUUCAUGCCUGUGUUUAAACCGGAAGACGGGGCCCAGAGAAUGUUUGACAUGGUUGCUUCGGGCCAAAUGUAA